AUGAGAUUCAUCGCCCCUCUCUUCACGACCUUCGCUCUCAUGAGCACCGCUUUUACAGCUCCGACUGAAUCCACCACCAUCGAGGUCCGCGACUCGCAAACCAAUGCCAUCGUUGAAGGCCUGGAACAUGCACACCCGGCUGCCACGACAAAGUGA